UUGGCAGCCUCAACACCAUCUCUAUCUAUCUUCGUUUCCGUUCUUCUGUUCCACUUCUCUCUCAGAGAGUAUUCAUCAAUGGCCAAUAUCCCCGAUCCAGAUAUCGAUGACGAUUUUCGUGAUCUUUACAAAGAGUACACUGGUCCCCUAGGAUCUGGAUCUGCUCAAGAGAAAGCAAAAUCAAACAAAAGGUCUAAUCCUGGUUCUGACGAAGAAGAUGAAGUUCGUGACCCUAAUGCUAUUCCAACUGGUUUCAUCAGCCGCGAUGCUAAGGUCUGGGAAGCUAAAUCCAAAGCUACUGAGAGAAAUUGGAAGAAAAGAAAAGAAGAAGAAAUGAUUUGCAAACUGUGUGGCGAAUCAGGUCAUUUCACUCAGGGUUGUCCAUCUACCCUUGGAGCAAACCAUAAGUCUCAAGAAUUAUUUCAAAGGAUACCUGCAAGAGACAAAAAUGUAAGAGCACUUUUCACCGAGAAAGUUAUAACUAAGAUUGAAAGGGAUAUUGGCUGCAAAAUUAAGAUGGACGAGAAAUUCAUUAUUGUUAGCAGUAAGGAUAGAUUAGUUAUGGCUAAAGGUGUUGAUGCUGUGCAUAAGAUAAGAGAGGAAGGUGAACAAAAAGGAUCUUCCAGUUCUCACAUGAACCGAUCAAGGUCACCGCCACCACAACGAUCAAGGUCACCACCACAUCAGAGAAGUCCUGUCAAUGCCCGGUUUCAGCGUUCUGAGCCUCAGAGAUCUCAUUCUACACCACGGAAUGCACCCCAGUUUCAGCAAAGGUUUGGCAGGCAAGAGAGGGCUGUCGAUGACCGUGUUCGAGAGGACAGUCAAAAGUUUUCAAGAGAUUCUCCACAAGCUUAUGGGAAUAGUGGACCUAGAGGUCGUUCAAGCCAGUCAAGAUCUCCAAGACAAGCAGCCUCACAUGCAGGAAACUCUUAUAAUUCAUUUGAUGGGCGUAAUCAUAACAUGAGCACGUUUAGAAAUGAUGGUUGGGAUUCUCAUAGGAGAGAGGUUGGUAUCCAACCUGCCCAACAGUUUGAUCACAAUGCUUCACCUAAGACUCUUGAAGAAUUAGAGUUGGAGUAUAAAAAGGAGGCAAUGGAGCUAAUGAAAAUCCGUGACAGAGAAGAAGAUGAAGAAAACUUCAAACACCGUGAGGCUAUUAAAGAUUUGAGGGAGAAGUACAUGAAUAAAGUUGCUUUGGUGAGUGCCACACACGCAAAACAAUGGGAUGAGUUUUUUAAGCUUGACGCUCAGAGGCGUCAACAACAGGCAAUCCAGCAAAUGUCUCCUGGGUACCGUGGUUAUAAACAGCAGAAUUUUGCUGACUAUGAUAGGUCCCCUGUCAAUCCUCCUUAUGGUGGAACCAAUUUACCUUUGGAAUCAAGGAACAGGUUCUCAAACAGUACAGAGCCUUCUUAUCCUACAAGACCUCAUGAUAAUUUUGGGGAAUUUCAUAGGCGUGGAGAUUUUGCAAAAGCUUACAACCGAUAUUAAAACUCUUUAUCAAGUGGGUCCAGAUUGAUCGAGUAUGUGUUAAAUGGAUGGAAGAAGUUCGUAAGGUAGGUAAGUGUGUUGAUUAAUCUUAGGAGUGGGAAGGGGCAAUCGUUCUGGUUAAUGGGUCCAGUUGGUUUUUGAAUAUUGUUGCUCAGUCAUGUUAAGAACUCUGCUGUAAGUUGUGAUCCAUUGUUUGCUAUCCCUAACCGGGAACAUGGUAAUACUGUUUGGGAUUUUCCUAGGAAUGAAUGAAUUUUAUGCUUUGUUGCAA